CGCUUGCCCCGCCCGGGCGGUGGCGGGACGCGGGCUCCGGGGAGGGCCGGGGCUGGAAGUUGCCGCCCUCCCUCCGUAUCCGGGUGGUUGCUCCCGGGCGCAGCCGGACCGCCGGAGCCGGUGCCAGGCGAAGAUGGCGUAUCCCGGACAGCCGGUACCCGGCGGGUUCUGCCAGGGCGGGUAUGGAGGAGCUCCAGGAGGACCAGCAUUCCCUGGACAAGCUCAGGAUCCUUUGUAUGGUUAUUUUGCUGCAGUAGGAGGGCAGGAUGGACAAAUAGAUGCUGAUGAGCUACAGAGAUGUCUCACCCAGUCAGGGAUUGCAGGAUCAUAUAAACCUUUCAACUUAGAGACUUGCAGACUUAUGAUCUCAAUGCUGGAUAGGGAUAUGUCUGGCACACUGGGAUUUAAUGAGUUUAAAGAACUCUGGGCUGUGGUCAAUGGCUGGAAGCAACACUUUGUAAGUUUUGACAGUGAUGGAAGUGGCACAGUGGAUCGUCAGGAACUUGAGAAAGCCUUGAUGACCAUGGGAUUUAGACUGAGCCCACAGGCUGUGACUGCCAUCACAAGGCGAUACAGCACUCAAGGAAAGAUUGCAUUUGAUGAUUACAUUGCCUGCUGUGUGAAACUCCGAGCUCUCACUGAAUGCUUUAGAAGAAGGGAUACAACUCAGCAGGGUUUUGUGAACUUCCACUAUGAUGAUUUCAUACAGUGUGUUAUGAGCAUCUAAAUCAAAAGGAAGCAAGCCGUGGAUGAUCAUGAUUUAACAUUCCAGUUUUAUGAGCAUCUUAAUCAAAAGGAAGCAAGCUGUGGAUGAUCAUGAUUUAACAUUCCAGUAUGUGUUUUGCUUUGCCAAGUUCUCCAAUGAUUGAGUAUCUCAGUAUUGGAAAUUGCAUAUUUUAUGAAGGCAUCCCUUUACGCACAUUUUUUAGUCUUGAUAAUGAAUAUGAACUACUCAUGUACUGUUGUCUUUAACUUCCAAUGUGUGAUUAUCAAAGCUGCUUUUAUUUUCAUAAACUUGCAAUUCACUAUGCGUAACUCAGAUCAUGCAAAUGGUAAGAUUUUCAGUAUAUGUCUACUUUUUUCCCAUGAUUCACUAAAAUCAGUUUCUGGAAUGCAAUUUACCGUUUUCUGACUUAAAUAGUAACAUGUGUAUGACUUAAGAGGAUACAUAUUUUCUUAUCUUUGACAACAUAGGACAGAUGUACAAACUAAAAGGGAUUUUGGAAUGGUCAUUUUGCACUGGUCUGUUAAAGUAUCAGUAAGUUUUGGUUACUUACUUUGUCAGCUCUUUUGAAGAUGAAGCCUGUGACACCAUGCACUGAGUGCAAGACUACCUGCUAGAACUUCUUCUAAGCAGGGAUGCAACAAAACAUAGCAGAAAAUUCUUCUAGCCUUGUGCCCUGGUACCGGGAGCUUUGUUCUUGUAAGAUUCUUGCUUUGUUUGUGUCACUGCAUAAAACACUUUUAAACAUACAAAA